UUCUUUAGUUUUAUUUCUGUUAUUUCUGUAACACUUUCCUCUGUCUAGUGUUGCUCUAGUAACUUCUUGGUCAGUUCCUGUUAAAAGCUUAGGCUAAACAAGAUUAGAGAGCAUUAAAAAUCCCCCAGCUCUUCCAAUGGCCAUCUGCUUUCCAACCUGAGACACAAGCUGUCUUUUUUGUGCCAUGAGGUACACCUCUGUAAGAGACGAGACAGAACAACGCAAUGUAAUUUUAGGGGCAAAUGAUGUUUCUUUCAUUGUUUGGUUAUGAGUUCUAACUCCAGAAGAAUGAUAAACUAUGCAACCUUGUUAAGAAGGCACGUCUUGUGACCUCUGAAGGGACAUACAUUUUUUUGGAUCUAUUUCCCAGUUUUUGGAUUUAAGUCUAAAGAAAUUCCAGAUCUAAAAUGUUCACCUUCUCAUGGAGAUGUGUUUUUGUCCCUGUUCUGAUAACAUCUGUAGUGUUGUCUGUGGAUUUAAAGACAGGUAUGUGUUUGCAUGACAUGAUUAGAAAGUACUUGCAUUUGAACCAGUUUGGUAUUUCAUAAUUGCUUUAUGAAACUUUGUUUCUCUAGGUGCAGUGUUGGAGGGUUCCUCUAUGGGCUAUCUUGAAGUUGCCCACAAUCAGGAGAUUGGUGUACAUCAGCAAAUAAUUCAUGUGUCUGAUGUCAAGGCAACCAAAGGAAGCCACAUUAUUGUGCGCCGAAAACGCAACAUCCUCUUUCCAAAUGGAGUCAAACUUUGUGCACAAGAAACUAUGCAGCAAGUUGUUGCAAAUCAUCUCAAUUAUUUUAAUCUCAGAGUCUGUCAGGAGACCAUAUGGGAGGCUUUCAAAGUCUUCUGGGACCGACUCCCAGAGCAAGUGGAGUAUGAAAGCUGGAUGAAAAAAUGCCAAGAAGGUUCCAUCACAGCACAAGAUAUUGGAAACUACUUUAGCCAGUCAGACGAACACCAAGCUCUAGUUAAAAAGAGGAUGGCACUAACAAGUGUGAAAAGUGAGCCCACCAAGUCCUGGCAAACUAUGUGCAGCAGUCCAACCCCAGAGACACCGAAGCCUGCUCCUGGGCCUGAUAAGGACACCAAAGAGGAAAAGAUAGAGGAAGCUGCCAUUGUCCCUGAGCCAGAGGAGAAUUUAUUGAAUAAUGACAUCGCUCUAGAGUCACCUACGCCCAUUGUUCUGGAGCAGGUGGUGCAGCUGAGCAUCCUGCUGACUGGAGAGACCUUCACCGAUGAGCUCAACAACCCAGCGAGCCUCCUCUAUCAAACACUCAGCCAACAGCUCACUGAAAAUAUUGAAGAUGCUUUGGAGGGCCUACCUGGAUUUAGAAGCGUGUCUGUGAUUGACUUCAGACCACACAAGGACCCACAGGGGCUGGAUGGUGUGGUUGUGGACUAUGCAGUCACAGUUGUUGUGGAUGGAACUGGAGUGACCAGUGAACAACUGGACUAUCUGACCUUGCAGUCCAAUCUGGUAGAAAGCUCCUAUGGUAUGGUGAAGGAGCUGCCCACAAUGGUGUACACUAUCAGCGAGGUCAAAAGCAUGGUGACGGAGGCCCUGCAGUUUGGAGAACUAGAGAGCGUGUCUGAGGUCUCAGAGUCUGCCAACACUGAAGAAGGAGCUAUGAUCAUAGAGCCAGUGGAAGAGGAAGAUAUCGAAAGAGAUAACUCCCCUUCUGACGCAUUUGAAAUCAGCACAGUGGCUACAGGAAAUGAUCUCAUAUUUCUGGAGGAGAGUGCCGUGGGACCUCCUGAGGUUGUUCUGACGACUGCUACUCCUGAACCUAGUGGCGUAAUCGAGGACGGUCUGUUAGUGGAAGAUAUUGUGCAGAUUCCCAAUGUCGAGAGCCCCCCAGCGCAGGUGCCCCCCCAAGUGGAGCCUAACGUCACUGUCCUGUCUGAUCCCCCACUGGAGGUCGAGGCCUCAGGCUCAGAUGGUGAAAAUCUGGAUGACCUGCUCCUGACUCCCACAAUAGAAGAAGUGCCUUUUGAGGAGACUGCUCAGACUGCAGAUGUAAAUACUGAAGAUGACGACACAAGAGAAGUGAAUGUGGCAGAAGUAGUGCCAAUAUUGGUGCAUGUCCCAGCUCUGGAAGAACACAAUUUAGAAGAAAUAAUUGAAUCAGACACUGAAGCCAAACUCUCCACAAUCACCACGGAAACUAUAGGUGAAGAGGGCCUGGCUUCUCUAGUUCCUGAUCCUGAGGUAGUUGAUCUCACAGUUGAAACGAUACAGCCAGAGGGAGCAGAAGUGGCUUUACUGCCUGUCAAUGAACUCCCAGUAGAGGAUGUACUGAGAGAAGUCUCCCCUGAGGAAGAAGAGGAAAACAUAGUAUCUGUUCCUGAUGAAGCUGUGAUUGAGGAGAGUGAAACAGCCAUAACAAAUGAAAAGACAGAGGAGCUUUUAGAUUCAGUUGAGGACAUCCCUGAGGCGCCCAUGAUCUCUUCAGAAGAUCUGACAGAGGAUGGAAUCAUACUGGUCAAUGUGGACUCUGUGCAGCCAACUGCACUUUCUCCAGAAAAAGAGUCUCCUUUCACACGUAUCUCUGAUGUUAACCCUGCCUCAGAUGUGCAGCCUGACAUCAUCAUCACUUCUACUGUGGAGAUUGAGACCUCUGAUCUAGACUUGGAUGGAGAGGAGGGCUUUGAAGUGAUUCAUUAUGGGGUAUUUAACCACACAGAGGAGGGAAGCACAGGAUUGCCUUUUGAUGGGAUGGAUCAUUCGAGCAUUGCCAUGCCUGCCAAUCCAGGUCGUGCUCUCAUGGUGUUCUUCAGCUUGCGAGUUACCAACAUGAUCUUCUCAGAAGACCUCUUCAACAAAAGCUCUGCAGAGUAUAAAGCACUGGAGCAAAGAUUCCUUGAACUGCUUGUACCUUACCUACAGUCCAACCUGAGUAACUUUGAGAACUUGGAGAUCCUCAACUUUAGGAAUGGCAGCAUUGUUGUUAACAGCAGAAUGAAAUUUGGCAAGCCUGUCCCACGUGAGACAACCACCGUGGUCUAUUUAAUCCUGGAGGAUUUUUGUAACACAGCCUACCAGACCAUGAACUUGGCUAUAGAUAAAUACUCUCUGGAUGUAGAGUCAGGUGACCAGGCUGACCCCUGUAAGUUUCAGGCCUGUAAUGAGUAUGCAGAGUGCAAAGUAAACAAAUGGUCGGGCGAGGCGGAGUGUGUGUGUAAUGCAGGUUACUUCAGUGUGGAUGGACUGCCCUGUCAAAGUAUCUGUGAGCUUCAGACCGACUUCUGCCUCAAUGAUGGCAAGUGUGACAUCAUCCCUGGCCAAGGAGCCAUCUGCAGGUGUCGUGUUGGAGAUAACUGGUGGUACAGAGGGGAGCACUGUGAGGAAUACGUCUCUGAGCCGCUGGUGGUGGGCAUUGCUAUAGCGUCUGUGGCGGGCUUCCUGCUGGUCGCAUCUGGAGUGAUUUUCUUUUUGGCCAGAACUUUGCGAGACCAGUAUGACAAGGAUGAGUCUGAGGAUCCAAUACGUCAAGUGGAGAGUAUGCCCUCUAUGGAGAGGGCAACCAAGUACAACCCCAUGUAUGAGAGUGAAGCCACUACAGGAUACAGUCACUACUAUCGGCGGUACCCAGACGUCCCUAUGUACAGCAGUGCCAGUGCUGAGGCCUCCACAGACUUCAGCAGUGAGGAGAUACGGCACAUCUAUGAGAACAGUGAACUCACCAAGGAGGAAAUCCAAGAUAGGAUAAGGAUCAUUGAACUCUACGCCAAAGACCGUCAGUUUGCUGACUUUGUCCGGCAGCAUCAAGCUGUCAUAGACACUCGAAGGGAAAGCUCCUCUGCCCAUACUUGAAAUCUGUCAACAAAGUGAAGCCUGUUAAAUGAUGCUUCCUGCCAGGAUACCUCUGGAGUUUGGACUACAGAGCCCCUCUCCUUUCUCUUUCCUCUGUGCCUUCAUUUGUCAGGAAGAGCUGUUUGUGACAACUAAAAGACACACUUGCUGCUCAACUGGACAACUCUUUUUGGAGAAAAUCUGGACCACAUCCUUCUACUUGAAUCAACAUUUAUGCAGAGUAUAUAUAACUAUCUGGUAAAUUAACUGGUAUAACUAUCAGACUCACUCAGCAUAGUUUGUUCAAAACAUAAACUUAAACGACUUAAACCUGUAAAUAUUUGUACAUGGUAUUAGAAAGAUUUAUUUCAUCUUGUAUUUAUACUAUAUAGGCCUUUUUAAAGAGCAUUGUCAAGAAAGAUGGAGGCAAUGGUGCUACAUAACUUAAAUUUAUUGGAUUCAAAUUAGAUCUGUAAAAUGAUAUAAGAAUCUAAAUAAUGAACAUUAUGUAUUUUAGAUUAUAUUAGCACUUAUGUAUUACAUCAACAUUUCAAUGUUAAAGCCAAGUCCUGUUAUAUAUGUGGAAAGUGAACACCUGGUUUCUUAAUAGCACAGGUUUUAUUUUAUUUCUGCUUUCUUAAGGGCUCAUUUUAAUCAUAAACGUUGUGUGUUUGUGAAUAUUGGUAGCCUUCAAAAGAGUGGAACAAAAGUAAGUGGCAAUGGUAGAAAGACACAGAGAGCAUGAACUGUCUAUAGCUCUGGGAUUUAGAAAUAAGUGAAAACACAUUUUAGUGGAAAAAUACUUCAGGCCAAGCAGUUCAAAUCGUCUGCAUUCAGAUGCCAUAUGUAAUGCAGAAAACAGAAAGAAUUGAAACAAUGAUAAACAACUUUUGCGCCCCAGAAAAUCUGCCUGCUUGUCAAAACUUACAAGACCAAAAAACUUUGGUCUUUGAGGGCUUGGCCAUGACAAUGUGCUUCAAGCUGCGACCUUGAGAAAUUGAUUGUUUCUCUUGUUAAUGUGAUGAGGUUCUCCCUUGACCUUCUCAAGUGGACCCUCACAUCUGCAGCACAUUACAACAGACUGUACGACUAUGAUGGCGGCCCAUGGAACGGUCAGCUAGAUAAUGUUUUAGCAUCUUGUUUACAUGACAUGCUUCUCUUCUGAUCUGCACAGGGUGGACACACUGUUCUGUGUGAGGCCUUGUGCAACUUGUAUGUUGUUUUUGUCCACUGUACUUUCACCCUUUCAUAAUCUCUACUAAAACAUGUACAUAUGUGAGAGAGAACUGUGAUUUAAGGCAAUAAUUAUAUGUUUAAAAUACUUUUUAUACACCAUUUACCUGUACAACUUGUAUAAAUAAACAUUUGUUUGUUUGUUUUUUAA